AUGGCUGAAGCCCAGCUGUUUGUGUCACAGGACGAGUUCACCUGCUCGGUGUGUCUGGACACCCUGACUGACCCCGUCUCAAUCCCCUGUGGUCACAAUUACUGUCAGAAUUGCCUCACAGACUACUGGGAUCAGAGCCAAGUGUGCAGCUGUCCUCAGUGCAGACAAGUCUUUAUGCUUAGGCCUGAACUGAAGAGAAACAAUCUGCUGAAUGAAGUCAUCAAGAAAUUUAAAAGACCAAGACUAAGUCCACCUCUGUCUCAGAAUUAUGCCAGCUUUGGAGACGUGGAGUGUGACUUCUGUACUGGUAAGAAGUUCAGAGCGGUGAAGUCCUGUCUCACCUGCCCGGCCUCCUACUGUCAGACUCACCUGCAGCCUCACUAUAAAGUAGCGACUCUGAAGCACCACACCCUGAUUGAUCCUGAUAGAAAUCUGAAGGAGAAACUCUGUGAGAAACAUCAGAAAAUUCUGGAGAUAUUCUGUAAAACUGAUGAUUCCUGUAUCUGCACGACAUGUGGAGUGACUGAACAUAACAGUCAUGAAAUGAUCGAGCUGGAGACAGAAAGAGAAGAAAAGCAGAAACAGCUGGGGGUGACACUUAGUGACAUCAAGAGGAGACUUGAGGAGAGAGAGAAGACACUGAAGGAAACGAGGAGGGCGAUGGACGUGAUGAAGAUGUCUGUGGUAAGAGAGGUGGAAGAAAAUGAGAAGAGCUUCACUGCUUUGAUACGGUGCAUUGAGGAAGCCCACAGGAAACUGACUGAGAGGAUCAGAGAACAAGAAAAGAGAGAAAAGGAGAAGACUAAAGGAGUUAUGGAGGAACUGGAGAAGGAGAUUGAGGAGCUUAAGAGGAGAGAAGCUGAGCUGAAGGAGCUUUCAGAGACCAAAGACCAUCUCCACUUCCUGCAGACUUUCUCCUCUCACUGUGUCCUUCCUGCUGAUGGAGACUCGCUGAGCUUCACUGUCACCGCUGAUUUCUCAUCCCCAGGACCUGAGAAAAAGGAGCUGUCAGGUCUGACAAAGUGUGGAAGAUCAGCCAGUGGGACAUCGCGGCAAAGGACUCCAUCGGCUCGACUCCAGUUUUUCAUCCUCAGCCUCCUAAACCUCAGGCAGAGACGACUUUUGGAAAU